CGUUUGGGUAGUUGUUGGCAAGUCUUGUCCAUUGCACGCUGGAAGUACCUCUACGCGAUCCAGUGAAAGGAUAUCAUGAAGCGCCAUCAUCGACAGGUCGAGGAAGACGAUGAGCACGAGUCCGCUGAAAUGGACGUGGACACGGAGGAAAAGGUGGAACCGGAUGAAACUGACCAAGACACGCAUAGCGAAAGUGACGAGGACGACGCCGAAGGAGAUUCGCAGAUCCAGCGCCAACCAGUCGCAGCGAACCCAUUUCUCGAUGCCUUUUAUGGGCUUUCAUCCGUCAGUGGAAAGGAACGCGCUCAGGCGGCUCAGGUCAUUCUCCAUCAUGCCUUGGUGGGCCCCGAUGCCAACGCAAAAGACGCCGCGUACGCGUUUCGACGCCUUUUAAAUGGGUUGUGCUCCGGUCGAGCGGCGGCUCGUCAAGGAAACGCAGCAGCUCUAGCAAAGUUUGUGAUGAUUGCGACAAUAGAGGAUAAGCUGGAUGCCGUCCAAUUAGAGACCUUGAAAGAAGGAGAGAAGUCUGUCUCAAGCCUGCUGUAUCUUCGGAAUCGUCUGUUGGCGGCAACCAAUCCCAAUGAAACACCCGGACGGCGCAAAGGUUCUGAGGAAAGAGAUUAUCAGUUUGGAAGGUUGUUUGGAAUAAUGGCGAUUUUCCGCAGUGGUGUGCUCUGCCCUUCCAAAGAAAACAAGGCAGAUUUGAAUGAUAUUUUGGUUGUUGCUACUGGCUUUUUGACUGAUCUAGCCAAUCUCUACGAGUAUAAAAAUUGGAUGCGUGAGCCAGCUGCACACGCCAUUGGAACAAUGUUGAACUCCUACUACGCUGUUUGUCCAAAGGACAACAAAGCGGUCAAGAUUAUUGAUCAUUUGGUGAAAACCUUGUCCACUCUGGAGCUCUUGACCAAAGGCGAUGUCCACUUUGAUGACGACGAUGAUGACGAAAAACCGUUGUACGCAAAAUACUCGGCGGAGCAGGUGGCAAUCGUCGCUCACAUACAAGCGAACGUUCACUUACACGGGGACGCGCUCCCAAGCCCGCUCGACCAACCGAUAUUGACGAAGGAUACCAUUCCACUCCUUGCAGGUGCUCUUAGCGAAGUAAGCUCGGUCACACAGCCCCGAAUGCAUUUAGUCUGGGAUACAAUUUGGAUUCUUUUGACUGAAUCAGCUCCAGACCAAGGGACACAGAUGGUGGACCUCAGGAUACCGCGCCAAAGUGUGCCGGUAGGUGACGAUAGUCUGCACGAUAUCCUUGAGGGCCUUUUUCGAUAUGUUGUGAUCGAAAAGUUGCUUGGACUUGAGAAUGAUGCAGGAUUUGAAAACGGCAAAACGACUCACGAGAGGCGUGCGUUGGCGUUGUGUAUUGUACGCAAUCUAGCAGGUGCUGAGUUUGUAUCGUCAGUUUCUGGACGGACAGUGCUGAACAUGGAAGUGCAAUUGCUCGAGGAUAUCGUUCUCACUACGGUCUUGGUGCAGCGACUCUUCGUAGAUGUUAUAUGCGCUGGAACUGUGGGUGGCAGCAAAAAACAGAGCGAGCACAUGCUAAAACCGCUGUCUCUGCAAGUCCUGGAUUCUAUUUUAGCUUCUUUCUCUGACGAUUUCAGAAGCGACAUGGUAACCAGGCGCUUGGUGGUGGUCAGAGCAUUCCUGGACUGCGAACCUCGCUUCGACACUCGAACGAAGACGACGUUUAUCGCCGACCUCUUAGGCAUUUUAUCAUACACAACGCUAGAUGCAGGGCGAAGGGCUUUGUUAAAUGAGUUCGUCUCCUAUUUGGAGAUCAAAAUUGCCCGUGCCGCAACAGACGCAAAGCUCGGCGUGUCAACGUACGAUGCUAUUGGAUUUGUAGACUGGUUGUUCGGGGUUGCGAAAGUUUUCCUUCGAAGCGAAAUUGCAACCGAAACGACUGCCCGCCCUGAAGUUCGUCGCAUUAUUUCGUUUCUGUCGGCCGCUGCCUUUUUUGAUUGCAAAUCAUCGACCGUCGAAUUCUCAAAGAAUCGACUGACGACUAAAAAAAAGGGGAAAAAACGAUCACCAAAUCUUGAUGAAUCGGUGAAACAUCCUGUCAUCGCAGCUGCCUCACUAUUGAAAAAUGAGAGAAUCGGCCUUAACGAUUUCAUCCCGUACGAUGUGAGAAUUAUUCUCUCCGCGCGUUAUUACUCUCUAUUGGCCGAUAUUGUCGCGACAACUCUUCGCUCGUCAGACAGUCUGAAAGAGAAAAAUGUGUUGGAUCAAUUAUCGGACACAAUUGAUGGAAUACAUACUCUGGUAUCUAUGGGAGUGCACACCUUUGGCCUUGCAAACAAGGAAGAAGGGAUGGAAACGAAUGAUAGCCCAAAUGAUAUUGUACUCAAUUUACGCCGGAAAGCUUACAACAUUCCCGCAAAAUCGGAAAAACCUUCAAAGUGUGUAACGGCUUUUGCAAUUCUUGCAUCAACGCUGUAUCUCCAUCUGUACACUUCAGGUCGGCCAGCAGAUGUUCUAGCUGACGAUGAUCUUGAUGCUGAUGAUGGCAAUGAUCACGAAGAACUUGUCGAAGCCAUUGCAGAUGUUUCUCACGUAGCUACGUUGUUCGAAUCAGGCUGCAAGGAAGGCGAUUACCCGCUUCGGAGCCUGGCAGAGUUGUGCGCCAAUUUGCUUUCUUCCCCUUUAAGCUUUGGAAGUAACAGUAAGGGUGCUUCGCCAAAGAUGAUCCGUGAAGUAGUGAAACUGUGUUGGACUGGAGGUCUAGUGCACUCGGCUUUGUCAAAGAACAAUGUUCUCGAUUCCCAAGUCAUGGCCAUCCUUCUUGGAGGCAUAGGUGUGACCAGCGAUAGUAUAGGGGAAGAUAUGAAUUUAGACGAGGAGGAGGAAGACGACGAUAGCGAUUCUGAGAGCUCCGGUGAUGAUAUCAGCACUAUGUCAAAAAAAGAAACUCACGCCCCAGACGCAGAAAACGUUGGAGAUUCAGUCAGGUUGGAAGAAAUAAGUAAUGAAGAAGAAGAGGUGGAACUCGACUCUUCGAACUUACAAUCCCUGCUUGAGGAGGAGAAUGAUACAGAUGUGGAGCUAGAGCACCACGAAGGGGCUGACGCUGCACUUGCAAAACUCAUUCUGCUGCGCCAAGACGCUCGUAAGACAGGUCAGCAGGCCAGAGAACGACUCGCGAUUGCUCAGUACCAGCGAUGCGUUCUUCUGCUCGAGACGGCCGUUCUUGGUAAACCUGAAGGUUGGGGUAGCUUGUUACGGACGAACGGUUUGUUGAAUACUAUUGUACCGUUGAUACAAUACAGAAAGGCUUUGGAGAAAGACAUAUUGAAGUCAACCGACAAAGGGUCCCUGGCGCGGACGGGAGAAAAGCGCUCGUUCAUGGACAAGAUCACAUCACUCUUGAAAAUGAAAAUUUAUAAGGUCAGAACUUCGACAAUAGAAUGGUCAGAGGACUGUGAUCAAUUGGAGCUGGCAACUUCCAUUGCGACUUGGCUGCUGUCAGAGAUAAAAAGUAAUUCGACCAAGGAGCACAAAUCAUGUUGCAGCGGCGGUUUGAUGUUUGUUUUGAAGGCUCUCAAAACGUCUGAAGAUAAGCUUACUCUUGCGGGGAUUUUCAGUACUGCAGUGGAUGAAUGGUCAUCAAAAAAGUCUACACGACUAGAAUCGUCUUUCUUCGAGCAAUUAAUCCAAACCAACCCAGUGAUUGCGCAGUUAUGCUUGGUCGAGCCCGUUUGUAGAGCGUCACUAUUCGCCCGAUCGGCAUAUCUUAAGUCGGAAGGAUUCAGGCUCAUGGCCCUUCUCUACAACCUCAACAUCAAUCCUGGAUUGUCUUCCAACGAAGUGGCAGCACUGAAUGGGCUAGACCUAGCCUCUGGCAGCUUCUUUGUUGCUGUGUGUGCCGCUUUACAAGAUGAGGAGAUGAAAAAAUCGAAGCGAAUCAGAGAAGUUUUGAAAAGCACUGAGAAGGUCCUUGCUUAUUGUUCAGCAAGGGUAGACUCGUCUGAUAACAUUGGAAAAAAAGACACGAUGGAGCUGCGCGAGCUUUUGCGUCGACUAAGAGAUGACAGUGAGAGUCAUGGAAUCGCGAAGGUUUGCACAAAGCUCGUCGACGACUUUGCUACCCUUGUCGAGAAGCUUGAUACGAAAGCGGAGGCUAAUGAGGCCGCGACCAAUAUACAGAGCAGCAUUUCAAAGAAGAAAAAGAAAGGGAAAAAGAAAAAGUAAACAUACUGUAAGAAGGUAUGCCUCUUCACAUACACUAACUUUAUUAUAUUUAAACCACUCUC